GCGCCCGGAGAGGAACUUGUCCAAUGGGAGAAUCCUUUCAAUGUAAAGCGUAAAGGCUCAAUCAAUUUCAUUUCAUCGAUGGSUUGUCUCCUAUGUUCUCUUUAUGAAGCAAAGCUGUUAACAUCUGGUCGUGUUUUCCCUCUGUCAUGCAUCCACACAAGUGCACCUCUGGAGAAACUGGGGAAGUGGGAGAAAAAGAACAGGAUUGUUUAUCCUCCACAGUUGCCUGGAGAACCUCGCAGACCAGCUGAAAUAUAUCACUGUCGUCGGGAAAUAAAAUACAGCAAGGAUAAGAUGUGGUAUCUGGCAAAACUGAUAAAAGGAAUGUCUAUUGACCAGGCCCUAGCUCAGCUGGAAUUCAGUGAUAAAAAAGGAGCAAAGGUGAUCAAAGAGGUUCUGUUAGAAGCUCAGGAAAUGGCAGUAAGAAAACACAACGUGGAAUUCAAAUCAAAUUUACAUAUAGCUGAGUCAUUGACAGGCAGAGGCCAGUAUGUGAAGCAAAUCCGUUACCAUGGCAAAGGCAUGUUUGGCAUCAUGAGACUCUCCAGAUGCCAUUACUUUGUGAAGCUGGUGGAAGGUCCUCCUCCUCCUCCAGAGCCACCAAAGACUGGUUUUGACCAAGCAAAAGAAUAUGUGCAGGAACUGCGAAACAGAACCAUUACUCACUCGCUAUGACAAASUCUUGUGACAUUGUAGAUAUUUCUGUUUUGACAGUGUGAUUAUAUAAAAGAAUAAUUAAAGUCAUGUUUCAGUUAUGUUUUUGGUGCUGCUGGAAUGGGAUGAUUGAGGAGUUGUAAUAACUUUUUUUUUUUUUUUUUAAGCCACAAGCAUAGGGAAAGUCCUGGAAAAGCAGCAACAGAUGUUACUUUUUUGGAAUUACAAUGUUAGGUACUCUGCCGUGAGCAUUCAAAUCUGGAACAUAAAGUGCAGUUAGGUUUGUUGAAAACCUUGGUGGUUCUCAAAUUCAUGUAGAUAGGUAURUUUAGGUCCUGCAUACAGGUUCUUGACAGUAGCAUCAAGAUUAGUAAAACCUCUAAAAUUUGGCAUCUUAACUAGUUAAGCAGUUCAACAAAACUAGCAACAGAAUCUUAAUUCAGACCAGCAGGCAUAAGUUUAUGGUUUGUUUAUCUGGCACAUGAUGUUUCCUCCUUACUUCCUUUUUUGUGCUCUCUUCUCUUGUGCUUCAUAGACCUUGUGUCUACAGGUAGGGACCAAAGAACUCAUUUUAAGUUCAGAUUGUGACAGUCAGUAGAUGGCAUUGUUYAGUUUGUCAGAGAAGAAAGUAGCAGUGAAAACUUAAAAUAUUKUGAAAUCCCCUUCUUGAUCUUUACUGCUACAUUAAUAGUCUGCUAUCUGUGGAGUUCAGGUGGAUCUCUCUGGAAGCUCCCUGGAUCACAGGUGUAACGGGAAGAGUGAACUAUUUAGUAGUGGUUUUGGAACAAAUUGGUUUAAGCAAGUAAAAUGCUCCAUGAAUUUAGAGAGUAGUGUCUUACAUAUACAAGCUGUGGAUUUUCAUUGUCUCUAAAAACAAUUCAUUUAAUCAGUACUUCUAUAAGAGAUAAAGACUGAGGUCAGUAGGGUCAAAUCUAUUUUUUUUUUCCCCCCCACUCAGGUUUUCACGGCAGACUUUAGAGACUGAAGAGCAUGAAAAGAGAACAAGUUGCUUUUUUUCAAUGUAAAUGGCUGGUAUUUMGACCACCUUUCUUUUCACUUCUGCAAGCAUUACAGCGGGUGAUAGAUUGUUUCCCUCGCUUGGGUCUUUUACCAUGCUUCUCUUACUUUGGCCGGUUCUUUAAUAAUGUUAAAGGAACAAUUCCUAUAAGAAAGCAAGUUCAUUCAGUAAAUCUCGUGACAUCGUGACAAAGCUUUAUAUCGUACUUUCUUUUGACUGGAUGUACUGUGUUCAAUUAGUGUAUCUACACCUCAGUUGAGUGUUUGAUAUGGUUCCAGGCAGAAGGCUGUCUUAACAGCAACAAGGCUUUAGUAGAUGAUACUCAGCUAUUAGUGUAACUUCCAGUAAAGGAACACUUUAAAGUGAGCUAUCACAAGAGAAAAGGAGGUAAGGAAACCAAGCUCCUAUUUGAUGCUAAUUUUUCUAGCAACGUCUGGGGGCACUGUAAACUCACUUGUGUGUCUAUGUGCUGAUGUUCCAGGAAUUGAAGAAGUAACAAGUAUGCAUGAAGGCAGCAAGGCUUCAGGGAAAUCUGAGGAGAGCAGAACUGAGCUGUGCUCAGCAAUGUGAGAUUUAAUUGAAGGAAACUUGAAAAACUUGCAUUUGGACCUGUUCAUAAGUAUUUAAAAAUGUACAGUAAGUAAAGUAUUUGCCAGAUACCCUGAAGUCUUUUGGGAUAUAUUUUUCUUGUUAUACUCCUGGGCCAUUACUGAGGAGAAGAUUUAUCAUAGAUUUAGGAAAGAUUCAUCAAUAUAGGCAUGAAGUUAUGGCCAGCCUUCUAAAAAGCAUGCAAGAUAAAUUUGAGAAUGACAAGGAAUGGAUGACUAGAAACCCUGAUAUUGGCCAGUUUUGUACUGGACUUUGCUAUUGCAAGCUUAACUAUUAGGAUGACUAUUGGAGGUCUAGGAUGAGCACACACACACAGGGCCGUUCUGUAAUGUGUUUAAACUGAACUAGCGUGUGCUAGCAGCUUAGCAUGAAGUUCACCAAGGUCAAUGCAGCAUGAAUCUUCGGGGUGCCUUUGCACACAAACAGCUGUAUCACGGUGCUGUCUCCUCAGCAUUGCACAGAUGUUUGGGAGAUCCCCGAAUCACGAGCUAAAGACCAAUGGAAAUUGCUGUUUCAUUUCUGCCAACGCCCCUGAAAACCCCCGAGGAGAUGUUGGAAAGUCAUUUGCAAGUGUGCUUCUUCCUUGAAGAGAAUUAAGGUUACUCCUAAAAUCCUCAGUGAACCAUGUAAAUAAUAAACAUGUGACAUUCUUUGCCAUAUGACCUAGCGGCCUGCUGAAAAUACUCCUAUUUUUAGCAUUUUAAAGAACAAGCUUUUAUUGCUGAAUAGCAUCUAUCCAGUUGCACUUCAGUUCUCUAAUUUAAAAUAAUUACUAAUUAAACAAAUAAGAGACUAUAAUAACAAUAAUAAUCAACUUGGCACUAGCCAUUAGACAACUUACUGUUUACUGGAAUAUUACCUAAGGAAAAUAACUAAAAAGGAAGGAGAGGGGAAAAGUUCAGGAACUGCUGCCAGCGACUGACUUUUCAGUGCUUAGGCUCAAGUAAGGAGCAAGAUAUCUCUUGGGAGUAGCCAGCAAAUGCAGAGCUGAUUUUACAUUUGCUCAGUAACAUCGACAGUCUCUUCUUUCAAGGAAGUUGUAUGGUGAUGCAGAGGGGAGGCUGCCAUCGAAGAGAAYGAGUCAAGGGAAGUGAUCCCCUACUUUGGGUAGAUUAUAUAUUCGCCUCAGUGUUAGAUGAAGUGAAUCUGAAAAUCUCUGUAAUACACUUCAAGAACAGAGCGUGUUCUUUGCAACAAAGAUGGAAGUUUAGCUGCCUCUUUAGGCUGUUCUAGUGUGGCACUAACCUCCAAUUAAAAGGUGUUUUUCUAAAGGCCAACCUCCAAAGCGGUCCUUUGCUGCCCCUUGUUCUGUAGUCUGGCACUAUGGAGUGGUUACCUCUUAUUUGUAGCUCCCCUGUUGCUACCGGAUCACUCUGAGCUCCUCUUUGCCAUCGUGAGCAAGGCCACCCUCUUGAGCAGCCCUCACAAAGCCUAUGCUCUGCUGGGCCCUYAUUUCCCCAUUUCCCCUUUUGCAGAGGGGGCCUGAAAGGAUCAGUGCUCCAGGUGCAGCAUCACCAGCACUGUGUAGGGCUAAAUGCUGUURAUCUGCCAGCCACGCUUCUAAUGGAGCAAAGUAUGGGAUUUGCUUUGUGAGGAGACCCUGUAGUUGGCUCACGUUCAACCUGCUGUCCAUGUAACUCCCAGGACUUCCCAGAUCGCUUGUGAGAACUGCCGUAAGUACCAUUGGCACCGGUGUUGCAGCUCUGGUCCUGAGGGCUCCUUUACUAUCAGGAAAUUGUUCUGUUGUGUGCAUGAUAAUCUGCUGCUAAUAGAAAGGUUGCAAAGGAUUCUUGUGGCUUCUGUUAUUGAUCAAGCUCCUAAACUAGCUCGGAGUGAAAGAAAGGCAUUUGUACAUGCUGCUGUGGUGAACUCUGUCAAUGUAUGCAUCUAAUGAGCAUUGAAAUGUGUCUACCUU